CUUCCUCUAUCUCUCAUGCCAUGACCGGGGCUACAUUCAGAUGACCUAUCUCAACAAAACCAAAACUGCCUUGGGAUUUUUGCUGUGGAUCGUCUGCUGGGCAGACCUCUUCUACUCUUUCUGGGAAAGAAGUUGGGGCAAAUUCCUGGCCCCAGUGUUUCUGGUCAGCCCAACCCUCUUGGGCAUCACCAUGUUGCUUGCUACCUUUUUGAUUCAGCUCGAGAGAAGGAAGGGAGUCCAGUCCUCGGGGAUCAUGCUCACUUUCUGGCUUGUAGCCCUACUGUGUGCCCUUGCCAUCUUGCGAUCUAAAAUCAUGACUGCCUUAAAAGAGGAUGCUGAAAUCGACGUGUUUCGCGAUGUCACUUUCUACAUUUACUUUUCCCUCGUGCUGAUGCAGCUCGUGCUGUCCUGUUUCUCGGACCGACCACCCCUGUUCUCUGAAACCAUCCACGACCCCAAUCCCUGCCCGGAAUCCAGCGCCUCCUUCCUUUCCAGAGUCACCUUCUGGUGGAUCACAGGGCUGAUGGUCCGGGGCUACCGCCAGCCCCUGGAGAGCACUGACCUCUGGUCCCUGAAUAAGGAGGACACAUCAGAACAAGUUGUGCCCGUUUUGGUAAAGAACUGGAAGAAGGAGUGUGCCAAAUCCAAAAGGCAGCAGGCAAAGAUGGCGUACUCCUCCAAGGACCCCGCCAAGCAGAAAGGGGGCUCACAGGUGGAUGUGAAUGAGGAGGCUGAGGUUUUGAUUGUCAAGUCCCCCCAGAAGGAGCGGGAGCCGUCUCUGUUCAAGGUGUUAUACAAGACCUUCGGGCCCUACUUCCUCAUGAGCUUCCUAUUCAAGGCCCUCCACGACCUGAUGAUGUUUGCUGGCCCAGAGAUCUUAAAAUUGCUCAUCAACUUCGUGAACGAUCAGAAGGCCCCGGACUGGCAGGGCUACUUCUACACCGCGCUGCUAUUCGUCAGCGCCUGCCUCCAGACCCUCGUGCUGCACCAGUACUUCCACAUCUGCUUUGUCAGUGGCAUGAGGAUCAAGACGGCCGUCAUCGGCGCCGUCUACCGGAAGGCCUUGGUGAUCACCAACUCAGCCAGAAAAUCCUCCACCAUCGGGGAGAUUGUCAACCUCAUGUCUGUGGACGCCCAGAGGUUCAUGGACCUGGCCACGUACAUUAACAUGAUCUGGUCGGCUCCUCUGCAAGUCAUCCUUGCUCUCUACCUCCUGUGGCUGAACCUGGGCCCAUCCGUCCUGGCCGGGGUGGCUGUGAUGAUCCUCAUGGUUCCCCUCAAUGCCGUGAUGGCCAUGAAGACCAAGACCUACCAGGUGGCACACAUGAAGAGCAAAGACAAUCGGAUUAAGCUGAUGAAUGAGAUUCUCAACGGGAUCAAAGUGCUCAAGCUUUAUGCCUGGGAACUGGCCUUCAAGGACAAGGUGCUGGCCAUCAGGCAGGAGGAGCUGAAGGUGCUCAAGAAAUCGGCCUACCUGGCGGCUGUGGGAACCUUCACCUGGGUCUGCACACCUUUCCUGGUGGCCCUGUCUACCUUUGCCGUCUACGUGACCAUCGACAAGAACAACAUCCUGGAUGCCCAGAAAGCUUUCGUGUCCUUGGCCUUGUUCAACAUCCUCCGAUUUCCCCUGAAUAUUCUCCCCAUGGUCAUCAGCAGCAUCGUGCAGGCGAGUGUCUCCCUCAAACGCCUCAGGAUCUUUCUGUCUCACGAGGAGCUGGAGCCUGACAGCAUCGAGCGAAGGCCCGUCAAGGAUGGCGGGGGCGCAAACAGCAUCACUGUGAAGAAUGCCACGUUCACGUGGGCCAGGGGCGACCCUCCGACGCUAAGUGGCAUCACCUUCUCCAUUCCGGAAGGUUCUUUGGUGGCCGUGGUGGGCCAAGUGGGCUGUGGAAAGUCGUCUCUGCUCUCAGCACUCCUGGCUGAGAUGGACAAGGUGGAGGGGCACGUGGCUAUCAAGGGCUCAGUGGCCUACGUCCCCCAGCAGGCCUGGAUUCAGAAUGAUUCCCUCCGAGAAAACAUCCUUUUCGGCCACCAGCUACAGGAACGGUAUUAUAAGACCGUCAUUGAAGCCUGUGCCCUCCUCCCAGAUCUGGAAAUCCUGCCCAGCGGGGACCGGACAGAGAUUGGUGAGAAGGGCGUGAACCUGUCUGGGGGCCAGAAGCAGCGAGUGAGCCUGGCCCGGGCCGUGUACUGUGACUCCGACAUCUACCUCUUCGAUGACCCCCUGUCGGCAGUGGAUGCUCACGUGGGAAAACACAUAUUUGAAAAUGUCAUUGGCCCCAAGGGGAUGCUGAGGAGCAAGACGCGGCUCCUGGUCACGCACAGCAUCAGCUACCUGCCCCAGGUGGAUGUCAUCAUCGUCAUGACAGGCGGCAAGAUCUCGGAGAUGGGCUCCUACCAGGAGCUGCUAGCCCGGGACGGCGCCUUCGCCGAGUUCCUGCGCACGUAUGCCAGCACCGAGCAGGAGCGGGCCGAGCAGGACGACGGGUUAACAAGUGUCAGCAGCCCAGGGAAGGAGGUGAAGCAGAUGGAGAAUGGCAUGCUGGUGACUGAUGUCGCGGGGAAGCAGCUGCAGAGACAGCUCAGCAACUCCUCCUCCUACGGCGGGGACGUUAGCCGCCACCGCACCAGCACGGCCGAGCUGCAGAAAGCCGGGGCCACAAACGAGGACGCGUGGAAGCUGGUGGAGGCGGACAAGGCGCAAACAGGGCAGGUCAAGCUGUCCGUGUACUGGGACUACAUGAAGGCGAUCGGACUUUUCAUCUCCUUUCUGAGCAUCUUCCUUUUCCUGUGUAACCACAUUGCUGCUCUGGCCUCUAACUACUGGCUCAGCCUCUGGACUGAUGACCCCAUCGUCAACGGGACCCAGGAACACACUAAAGUCCGGCUGAGCGUCUAUGGAGCCCUGGGCAUUUCGCAAGGUAUCUCCGUGUUUGGCUACUCCAUGGCGGUGUCCAUCGGGGGGAUCUUGGCUUCCCGCCGCCUGCACCUGGACCUGCUACAGAACGUCCUCCGGUCACCCAUGAGCUUCUUCGAGCGGACCCCCAGCGGGAACCUGGUGAACCGCUUCUCUAAGGAGCUGGACACGGUGGACUCGAUGAUCCCGCAGGUCAUCAAGAUGUUCAUGGGCUCCCUGUUCAAUGUCAUGGGCGCCUGCAUCAUCAUCCUGCUGGCCACUCCCAUUGCCGCCAUCAUCAUCCCGCCGCUUGGCCUCAUCUACUUCUUCGUCCAGAGGUUCUACGUGGCCUCGUCCCGGCAGCUGAAGCGCCUCGAGUCGGUGAGCCGCUCCCCGGUCUACUCCCACUUCAGUGAGACCUUGCUGGGCGUCAGCGUCAUCCGCGCCUUCGAGGAGCAGGAACGCUUCAUCCGCCAGAGUGAUCUGAAGGUGGACGAGAACCAGAAGGCCUAUUACCCCAGCAUCGUGGCCAACAGGUGGCUGGCGGUGCGGCUGGAGUGUGUAGGCAACUGCAUCGUCCUGUUCGCCGCCCUGUUCGCCGUGAUUUCCAGACACAGUCUCAGCGCCGGCUUGGUGGGCCUGUCCGUGUCGUACUCGCUGCAGGUCACCACGUACUUGAACUGGCUGGUUCGCAUGUCGUCCGAGAUGGAGACCAACAUCGUGGCGGUGGAGAGGCUGAAGGAGUAUUCAGAAACGGAGAAGGAGGCUCCUUGGCAAGUCCAGGAAAUGACUCCGCCCAGCACCUGGCCUCAGGUGGGCCGAGUAGAAUUCCGUGACUACGGCCUGCGAUACCGAGAAAACCUGGACUUGGUUCUCAAGCACAUCAACGUCACCAUUGAUGGAGGGGAAAAGGUCGGCAUCGUGGGGCGGACGGGAGCUGGGAAGUCAUCCCUGACCCUGGGCUUAUUUCGGAUCAACGAGUCUGCUGAGGGGGAGAUCGUUAUCGACGACAUCAACAUUGCCAAGAUCGGCCUGCACGAUCUGCGCUUUAAGAUCACCAUCAUCCCGCAGGACUUCGUGUCCGCCCUUCCCGACAAGCUAAACCACGAGUGUGCGGAAGGCGGGGAGAACCUGAGCGUUGGGCAGCGCCAGCUUGUGUGUCUGGCCCGGGCUCUGCUGCGGAAGACCAAGAUCCUCGUGUUGGAUGAGGCCACGGCGGCCGUGGACCUCGAAACGGACGACCUCAUCCAGUCAACCAUCCGGACGCAGUUUGAGGACUGCACCGUGCUCACCAUUGCACACCGGCUCAACACCAUCAUGGACUACACGAGGGUCAUCGUCCUGGACAAGGGAGAGAUCCGGGAGUGCGGCCGGCCCUCCGACCUCCUGCAGCAGAGAGGUCUUUUCUACAGCAUGGCCAAAGAUGCUGGUCUGGUGUGAGUCGUGGAGCUAGUGCAUCUGGUCAGAAUUGCAGGGCUGACACGCCAGCGUCCGGGGGUGACGUACUGAGGCACCGUCCUUGGGAACCCAAGCUUCCUGUAUACUGAAACCAAAAAAAAAAGAAAAAAAAACAACCCCCAAAACCAAAACUCAAAAGCAGCCACCGUCUGGCCCCUGAGCUGGAAUUGGCCGUGAAGAAGCAGGAGAGACACAGAGAUGCAGCCCACCCAGAACACUCCCGCCCUUGCCUCCGUGGCCCCUGCAAGACGCACAUAUAUUCUCAGGCCCCCGGGAACGCACGCUCGUGCUCUUGGUGCUCCGUGAGGAGGUUUUGGCAGCCAGACUGCCAGAGAAAGUGGUUUCAUAAAAUAAUGCUAGUGACCAAAUCCAGCCAACUGCCUCAGAUCUCUCCAGCCAAAGUCAACGGAUUCCAUCUUUGAGAAGCUCCCCGGCCCCCGGCAUCCCCCAGUGUGCUUUGUCUCCUUGGGGCUGCAGGUGGGAGUGAGGGGCCUGGGAAGAUUACUCUCCCCUCAGGCAGUACCCUGAGGGCCACGGACACUCCUCUUACCAACCAUCUGGUCUUCCAGGCGCUCAGACACUGGGAACCCACGUCCCAGCCCUGCUCUCCCGGUACUCGCCUCCCAGGCCAGGGGCAGCCUCCACGUCCCCGGACUUCUCACUGACGGGACUCAGCGGGACUUCCAGGCUGUCUGGACCUGGAGACCAUCUCGGUACCAACUCCCCAGCCCGGCCGCUCCGCUCCUCAUCCACUCUAGUCUUCUCCUUGCUUUCCUCGCUCCCUCUUUCUACCCAUCGCUAGGAUGGCUUUACUGCCCUAGUCCCUGAGAGAGAAGAUCUGCCGAUGGUGAUGAAGCGGUCAAGGCCAAGAGUGCUAGGUACCUCCCAGGUGCGGCCGGUUGGGACUGAAAAGGGCCCCGUUGAGUCUCCUCCGUGUGGUUAGAUUUUUUUUCCCUCGCCCUUGGCAUCUGGGUGGCUUGAAGGAUGGCAGUGUGGAGAACUCGACAUUUUAUGACCGAGUCUCUUCCAGGACAAGAAAAGGACCCAUGCACAGAUACCAGCAAUGGCUUUUUCUUUUUUUGUUUUGUUUUAUUUUGUUUUGUUUUUUUGGCUUUAAGUGCUGCUCCAGGGGGGAAAAACAGUCUCAAGAGUUUAAUUUCUUGGGAGGAGGUGUUGGUUGAGGAGCGGCAUUCCCAGGGAUUCCCAGCCACGUCGGCCGGCAGGUGACAGGUGGUCCACGUGUUCCUGGAAGAAAAUGGAGAAGCAGAGUCCUUCUCGGUUUCUCGGAAACCAAAGCGAGACCCAAAACGCAGAGGAAGGUCACUGCUGCUCCAGGAUUCAUACUCGCUAUGAAUUACAUUGCUGACUUCACAUCCAGAGAAGCAUCUUUCUUCUUUUAGGUGGAAAUAUAUAUUUAUUUUUUUGUAAGUUAUACCAUUCUUUCACAUUAGAUAAACCAAGUUUUUCUUGGGGAUCUUUUUCUAAAGACUUACACUGGAAACGUGAACAUUUGCAAAUAAUUUACAGUAAAAAAAAAUAUUUUAUUUCUUA